ACAGAGACAUUCUGUCCAAAAAUACGGACGGCAUAUUUUAUUUUUAUUCAUCCACGCGAAUUGAGGUAGUGACAAUUUCUUGUAUCUAUUUGUAUUAAAAGAUUGUGUAUUUCUUUUGGUUUUUGUAUACCUAUACAAUACAGUUUUCGAGUGUUUACUGUUUAAGAAGGUGCCAAUAACAUUGGUUGUAACAAUGAUGCCAGGAACGGAUAAUAUGGAUAUGGAUGGCGUUGGGUUCACCAUAGCAAUAGGCGCGCUUAAGGCCCUAGCAUUCGUGUACGACGUCCUGACGUUCCCCGUAUACAUCAUCCUCCAGAGGCCAUGGCGAUUACGCCAACUAUCCAGAAGCAUAAAGGCCGUUAUCAUCGACGUUGAAAAGGAACCCUCUAAAGAUUUUGUCCUUGACAUGAAGGAAAACAAUAAUGCUAACCGUGUAAGGGUUACGCCGACUAAAAAAGAUAAGGCCAAACAAAUCCAAGAAGAUGCGAAAUCAGUAACUUAUCGAUCUACAGUUGCCCCGAAAGAGCACCAUAUCACUCUCGUUCGUGAGAAGAUCGACACAAUGGCCAAAAUGUUCGAAUACUGCAGCAAAAAAUACGCCAACAAAAGAUGUUUGGGUACCAGACAAAUAUUGGCGGAGAUGGACGAAGUACAGCCAAACGGAAGAGUUUUUAAGAAGUUCGAUUUGGGAGACUACCGCUGGAAAACCUUUUCUGAAGUAAACAUCCUAGCCACCAAUUUCGGCCGUGGUCUUCGCGAACUUGGCAACGAUCCCGGAAAAAAUGUCGCCAUUUUCGCAGAAACGAGAGCCGAAUGGAUGAUCGCCGCUCAUGGAAUAUUCAAGCAAAACAUCCCUUUGGUUACCAUCUACGCCACCUUGGGCGAUGAAGCCAUCGCUCACGCUAUUAACGAAACUGAAGUGACAACCCUUAUCACCAGCUUCGAGCUGUUACCGAAGUUUAAAAAGAUCUUGCAGAUGACGCCACGUGUGCAGUGUUUGAUUUAUAUGGAAGACCAAUUGAAGAACUUGGAAAGUACCGAUGGAUUUAAGGAUGGUGUUUCUAUUUUGAAGUUCCAGGACGUUUUGGAAAAAGGAGCCUCGUCUAAGAUAGAGGCCCAACCCCCCAAAGCAGACGACAUCGCCAUCAUCAUGUACACGAGUGGAUCUACAGGCGUUCCCAAAGGUGUUAUACUUCUUCAAAAGAACCUAAUCGCUACGUUGAAAGGUUUCUGUGAUUCAACACCUAUUUACGAAAAUGAUAUAAUGAUCGGCUUCUUACCGUUAGCUCACGUCUUCGAAUUGUUGGUGGAGAGCGUUUGUCUGUUUGCUGGAGUUCCUAUUGGAUAUUCAGGAGCAUUGACCAUGACAGAUACGUCCAGUAAAAUCAAAAGGGGGACCAAAGGAGAUGCUACGAUAUUAUGUCCGACUGUUUUGACAAGUGUACCACUCAUUCUAGAUAGAAUAUCAAAAACUAUCCAAGAAAAAGUCAGCAAAGGCAGCAAUCUUAAAAAGGUGAUAUUCAAAUUCGCAUAUGAGUACAAAUCAGCGUGGAAAAGGCGAGGAUAUCAAACUCCUUUGAUAGACAAAAUUGUGUUUUCCCCGAUCACAAAAAUUGUUGGAGGAAACAUGAGACUGAUGAUAUCUGGGGGUGCUCCAUUAUCAGCUGAGACUCACGAACAAAUAGGAAUAUGCAUGUGUGUGGUAAUAAUACAAGGAUAUGGUCUAACAGAAUCAACUUCCUGCGCAGCUGUACAGGAUUUGUAUGAUAUGUCAUUCGGAAGAGUAGGUGCCCCAUGUACCAUUUGUGAUAUUAAGUUAAUAAGUUGGGAAGAAGGCAACUACCGCAUUACGGACAAACCAUAUCCCCGCGGAGAAAUAAUUUUAGGCGGAGAAAAUAUCAGUGCAGGGUAUUACAAACUUCCAGAGAAAUCAAAAGAGGAAUUCUUGGAACAAGACGGAACCAGAUGGUUUAGAACCGGUGAUAUUGGUGAAAUUCACGAAGAUGGUGUACUCAAAAUCAUAGAUCGUAAGAAAGACUUAGUGAAACUACAAGCCGGAGAAUACGUAUCCCUCGGCAAAGUCGAAGCCGAAAUGAAAACUUGUCCAUUAGUCGAUAACAUUUGCGUGUAUGGGGAAUCGAGUAAAGACUUCUGUGUCGCGCUGGUCGUGCCAAAUCAACAACAACUCAAAGAUCUUGCCGCCAAGAAAGGAGUCAACGAUCAAUCGUUCGAGGAGCUUUGCGUGAAUGAAACGGUCGAGAAAGCGGUUGUGCAAGAAUUAGCCGAACAUGGAAAGAGAAGUAAAUUGGCCAAAUUUGAAAUUCCUGCAGCUAUUAAGUUGGUGACUGAAGUAUGGUCCCCUGACAUGGGACUUGUUACAGCAGCUUUUAAAUUAAAGAGGAAAGACAUCCAAGAGAGAUAUAAGCACGAAAUCAACAGAAUGUACGCCUCCUGAAAGUUACAAUACCUUUAAUUUUCUUAUGAUUAUUGUAGUAUGGGUGUACAAGGGAUCAGGUAGGACUUUAUUGUCGAAUUUUGGAAAUACGUCGAGAUCAAAAUGAUAUUCAAGAUAUAAACUACAUUUUUAGUCCAAUUUUAUUUAUAAAAGUAUAAAAAGUAACUGAAGUAUGAAAUAUUUUUGCAUAUAUUUCACUUUUUUCGUUAAAAUCCCGCUUGAUUCCAGGGGUAUGAUUUUUAAGCGUUGUAUUAUAGCACAAUGUAUAAAAAGUAUUUGUAUUUUUUCUGUAAAUAUUUAACGAAGCUAUCAAAUAAGAUUUUAUGUAUUAUUUUAUUUAUAUAUUAGCUCUUGAGCGUAUACUGUAUAUAAGAACAAAUGUUUAUUUUUAAGUUUAAGAGUAUUUUUGUUGGAGAUAGUUACUUAAGAGGCAUAGUGCUGGCAAGUACCUUAAAAAAUUCAAGUUUUUUUUCUACAUAUUUCUUUAAAGUAUUUUUUCGACUUAAUUUCCACUCCAACUUUAGCAACAUAUUCAAGAAGUGCUAAAAAUUGAAUUAUAAUUUUAGGUCAGGUAUUGGCCAAAAUCUUCCAACGAACUCCUUGAAAGAACGUUUCUAACAAAUUGUGCAAACGCGCUCAUUCCAACUUUAUUCUCCACUGCGGUUCUUCCUCCAACUUUCGCAAGUCUAUCAAGUUUAGGCCAGGCAUUGUACCAAUUGAGUUUAAGAAAGCAAGUUUUCCACAAAUUUUGUAAUUAUUGGCAAUUUUACUACACAUAUCGCUCCAUUCAUCUUCCAAGUUUAACAACAUAUUGCGCGAAUGGUGUUUAUAGUGAAAAUUACACAGAUUCUCAUAGAUGACUCUUUUACCAUCAAUUAUUUUAACUUUUAGGUCAGGCUUUGAACAAAUAUAUUAAAGUUGAGUCUCUGAAUGGUUUUUUUCCAAUAAACUCUUGAAUCAGUACACAUUUUUUAUAUAAAAGAAGUUUUUAUUGUGAGAAAUUGCUCAGUGGUGUAUUUAGACAUGAUUUCCUUGAUGGUGAAUCGUGUAUAUGGACUGCGCCAUUUUUAAUUAUCACAUCUUCAUAUUCUUGAAACUCAAUACUAUAAUUAAUCUAGUUUAAAUUUGAAAGGUUCCCUUAUCAGCCGUUGCAAAGUUGUUUAUUUAUACGAGAGAUAAAAUAUAAUUAUGCGGAUACAUGAAAAGUGAUACAAAACAGUUUUUAAUUAAAAUUUUUCGUAUGUCACAUGCGGAAUGUGCUAUUCAAAAUUCCUCGAUAUAUUCUGUGCUCUAUUUAAUAUUUCAAAGCAAAAAUACUCUUAAAAUGUUAUUGUUAGCAUCACUGUGGUUCCUUUAGGGGUAAUUAAUUCAUGUUUUGCUUAUUUUUCGCAAUUUUCAACCUGUUUUACUUUGAAAAAACUAUUUUAAAGGUGCUAUUCGUCUGUAUAGGUCAUUUAAAAAACAGAAAACAUGAAUUGUUUCACAAGGGACUAACUUCACAACUAUGCGAUCUUUCAACGAGCAAUACAGGAGAUGUAAGCAAUAAAAAAAGAAACAACUGAUGUCGAAAAAUACAAUUUUGUGUACUUUGGGGGAAGAAUUAUACUGUAAUAAUUAAUAUAGUUCGUUGCAACUGAACGUGAACUCCAUAAGUCUUCUGUACGGCUGGUUGGAAUGAACUUAUAGACGGUUGUGGUAUUUUAGUAGCAAUAUUAUGAGAUUUUUUUCGCAUAUUUGUUAUUGUUGUUUUUCUUUUUGUUAUAAAGUGUUAAGUUUUAGUAAAAGACUGUUCUUGCACCGAUUUAGGUAAUUGUCAAUUUGUGAACGAUCGGUCUAAACAUCUAUUUAAUUAAAGACAUGUACUUAAGGAUAAAAAAUAGUUAUUUACGCAAGCGGCAAAUGUUCAGGCACCAGGAAUAGAUUUUUUUUACAAAGUUAGACGUUUAAUACGAUAUUUUUUAGCGUUUAGCCGGUAUUAUUGGAAACAUCUGCUUUUUUGCAAGAAAUUAUACUUAUAGACAAUAAAUGUAAAUAUUAUAGUUAAUAAAAAUGAAAACGGAACGAGAUUUUUACUUAGAAAUUGCAAGAAAGAUUAGUGGAGCUGAUCAGGCAGCUUUUAUUUCUAUUCUGUUGUUUUUUUCUUUACUUUCGACUUUCUAUACCUCAAUUUAGUAUUUUCAUAUUUUUUACCAUACUUUUGCUGAUUCGGAGAUUUUCUGACUAAAUAUGGUCCUUUAGAGCUGGAUUUUCAAUUUGAAAACUUUUAUUGUGACUUUUUUUGUUCUAUAUCAUAUUUUUCCGUUUGUAAACGCAUUUUUUAAAUUAAUACAAGUAAAAUUUUGGUAUUUCGUUCUUCCACUUAUCUUUACCAUUUUUUUGUCAAAUCUUUUUAUAUGAAAUGUUUUGCUUAGUUUAUCUCAUUUUUAUUUUUCUUCUAAUCAAUAUCGAUGUCGAUAGUAAUUGAAAUAUAGGUGGUAAUAAUAUUUGUUCCGGUGGUUAGCUCCUUGGAAAUGCUUCUUAAACGUACAAGACAAAAUGUUUUACAAAUAAUAACUAUAUAUUAAUGAUGCCUUGGUUCCUGUACAUUUGUCAUCGCUUUUCUAUGUUUUAAAUACCUUUACUAAGGUAUUAAGUAUGCAUGUACAUAUAGAUAGGAUAUUAUAAUAAAAGUACAUAGUUGUUGGAACAUAGUUAUAUACAUGGCAGAGCUGCGUUACAAUAUAUCAGCAGAAUGGAUCUAUAUAUUAAAAUAUCCUAAAAAUAUUUUUGAACACGUGGAUUAAUAAAACUAUUAUUACAAUUUU